AUGUCAGUGGUGUCUCCAACACCACACGUCGGAUAUAAUAAUCGAAGACAAUUAUCACCAAAUAAGAAAAUGGCAUUACCAACAAUUGAACAUCCAUCACAACGAAUGAUUGAUAGUUAUAGAACUUCAUUAGAUGUUCAAGGUAAUUCAGCAGAUGGACAAUUUGAUUCAAAAUCUUCAAAUUUUUCGGAUUAUAUACCUGAUAUUCCAGAAAAUGUCAAUGUAGUCUACGGAGAAGAUCGAGAUAAAGUUCGUUUACCUAUUUUUGGUCGUCGAGCAGAAACUAGAGCAUCAUCUUGUAGUAGUUCAAGAAAAUCUCAAACUCCACAAACAUCUCGACUUAUUAUUGAUGAACUUGAAGUAACAUUAAGAGAAAAAGUUCGUUCUCAAUUUCAUAAUGUUCGAACAAAAUUUCGUCAUGCAGCACACAAUGAUCCAAAUGGAAAAAUUGAUCGUCAAGCUUUACAACAUUUUAUUUCGACAAUUUUUGGUACACAAAAACAAGUUGCACCAAUUCAAAUUGAUAAAUUAUUAGAACGACUUAAUCUUAAACGAUUUAAUAAAAUUAGUUUUGAUGACUUUAUUCUAUCAGUAUCAACUGGUCAAGAUCUUCCUAAUUGGGUAACAAGACAAAUGUCAGGAAAAUCAGAAAAAUCAUCAAAAAAAACAGCAACACAAAUGUUUCUUAUUUUAAAAGAAAAAAUUCAAACAAAAGAUAAAGAUGUAAUUAAUCUAUGUCCUUCAAUAGCUGGUGGACCAUCUUCACGAAUAUUUAAAGUUUAUUUACGUGAUGCUAUUAAUGAUAUGGGUUAUCGAAUAACUGAUGCUGAAUUUGAUAAAUUAUGGGACAGAUUUGAAACAAAUGAACAGAAUGCAGUUACAUCGGAAAGAUUCUUAAAAGCUUUUUGCAACGAUGUAACUGAAAAAAAAGAAGAAGAAGAUGAAGAAGAUGAAAUAUCAAAUACAAAUCGAGAAUAUUGUAUGGUAAAAUGCCAUUCACCUCGAAUGAGAAAUGUUCAAUCGUCUCGAAGUGAUAGGGAUUUAAGAACACCUGUUUUCCAUAGUACACGAGGUAGAUUAGAUGAAAAUCAAGUUCAAAAAUGGCUUAAUUAUAAAUUUCCUCAUGGUUUUUCUGAACUUGAACGUGCACUUGAAUCUUUAGAUCCAAAACAAUCAGGAACUUUACCACGUGAACGAUUUCUUGAACAAUUAAAACGAUUUGGUUUAAAUCUAGAAACACCGUUGUUAGAAUUCUUUUUAAAACGAUUAAAUGUUGAUUUAGCAUUAACAAAUGAUGGAAUACCUUAUCAGGAAGUCAUUAAUGCUUUUAAACAAAGUACCGAUCCAACAAAAAAAAGAAUUAAUGCUGAUAAUCCAGUAUAUAUUGAAGAUGAUCGUCAAACAGCAUUAGAACGAAAAAUUGAUCAAGCAUUAACAAAGAAUUCUGAACGAAUUCAAGAUGUAUUAAAACGUGCUGAUCCAUCUCAUAGUGAAUUAGUUUCUAUUAAUACAAUUCGAACAAUUAUUGAAGAUUUAAUUGAUUAUACAUUAAAACCUGAUGAAUAUCAUCAAUUACUUAAAAAUAUUCCAAUGGAUCAAGAUGGAAAAGUUAGAUACAAUGAUUAUUUAAAACAAGUUGCAGAUCGCGCAUCUCAUUACCCAGAAGAAAAACAAUUACAUAAACCAAAAAUUCCAAGAUAUGAUUUUAUGGUGCCAACAAGUACUCGAGAUAAAAACAAUACGAAACAUUUAAUUCCAAAACAUUGGGAAAAAUUAAGUAAUCAUUAUAAUAAUGUUCAAGAAAAAAAACGAUCUAUCAAUGAAUUAAGCGAAAUAUUAAAAACAUUAGUACGAGAUCGUUAUAAAGAUGUUGAAGAUGCAUUUCGUCAUAUUGAUCGUGGUUCAUAUGGUGAAUUAACACAAGAUUUAUUAUAUGAUUUACUUAAACGUCUUUCAAUUGAACCUGAAAUAACACGUCCGGAAAUCGAUUUAAUUUGGGAACGUUGUCUUUUAAAACGUGAUGGAACUUUAGAUUUUUAUCAAUUUUUACGUCAAUUUGGUUAUUCAAAACAUUCUGCACAUUAUCCAAAUGCUCGACAACGUCCACCAAGAAAAGGUGAUUCUGAUCUUGUAUUAACAUCAAAUAAACUUUAUGGUGAAUCAAUUAUUGUUCAUGGAAAUGUACGAAAUAUGGUUCGAACAAAUGGCGAUAAAUUACGACGUAUGUUUGCUGAAUUAGAUCCAUAUAGAACUGGUUAUGUUCAACCGGAAGAAUUUGAUGAAACUUUAUUAGAACUCUGUCCAGAACUUAAUCAAGAAGAUCUUUAUUUAAUUAAAUCAAAACUCCAAACAUUUGAUGAUCCAAGAAUGAAUUAUGUUUCAUUUUUAAAAUAUUAUACACCAAAUACAAAAUCAAUUAAUCAAACUGAUUAUUCAACGAAAAAUUCAUUAUCAAUCAAUAAUGAAAAUCCAUAUCGUAUGGCAUCUGAUCAAUUAAUUUUUACUCAAAUUUGUAUUAAACUUCGGCGAAAAUUAUCGGAUUUAUAUUCACAAUUACGACGAACAUUUAAACAACAAGAUAAACUAAAUUGUGGUUCUAUUCCUAUAAAAAUCUUCAAAAAUAUUCUUCAUCAAUAUGGAUGUUGUUUAAAUGAUGAAGAAUUUUUCAUCUUAACAUCACAUAUUGAUACACAAUUAGAUGGAACAAUUAAUUACAAUUACUUUCUUCAACAAUAUAUUAAAAAUGUUUAG